CUCACCAAAUAAGGAGAGACAACGCCAUAAAAGGAAACAUUGUAUCUCUUUAUAAGGAGGAAAGUAGAUCGUACUUUGAUAUAUUCGUCCACUUGCAUAUACGGUAAAGAACUCCAAGUAUUGAAACAUUGUAAAUAUUAUAGAAAAUAGUCUGCACGCCUACAAUGAAACUGAAUUUACAGAGACAAAAGAUUUAAGUCCGCCAUUGACGACGUCUCCCACGUUUACUGUGUGAACUACAUGUCAUGGCGGAGUGAUUCGAGAGCUGCAAUCCGCAUUUUCCUUUUGGAGAAAGUGCUUCGAGUUUUGAGAAAGGAGAAGGCAGAGCUAGACUGGCGGGGUGAAGGGUCUCAGGGACAGCAUCACUUUUGAAACUUUGCAUAGGUUGUUACGUAGAGAUUCCGGAUAAGGCUUUGACCAUAUUUUUCGCUGUUUGUUUACCUUUCGUAGGUUCGUGUGCUGUGGUGCAAUUUUAGCAGGCAGUUCGAGCUCCAGCAGUUGGCUGGCAUAUUUUGCUAAUUAUUUUCUAAAAUAGAAUGAUAUCUAGUCAGGCUGGAUCAGCACUGAGUGGUAACGGAUCAACAGCUGGGAAUAACGCGACUCACGGUUCUGUGGUUAUCGGUAGCGGACUUCGUCCUGGUUCGGUCCGAGCAGGGCAAGCAGUGUCUGGGGUCAACGAUUGCGGUAGUGCGGUUGGACGGCCGGGGAAAGGGGCAGGGAUGCUGGGGGGAAAUGGUCCAGGAGUGGGUUCUCGAGGAGGAGUGAGACCAGGUAACGGGACAGGCUUGACCACGUUACAGUCAGUGGGUCAGGGCGGACUGGUGGGUUUGAACACAGGCGUGGGGAUUCCCGGUAGCGGCAGAUAUGAUCCCGAUAAGGAGUGUGCACCGGUGUGUAGCGGUUCGGACGCGGAGUCCGACUCCGGGGAUGAUGAUGAUCCUAUGAGUUCAGUCGGGGACAACCGAAGAGGUGUUAAGCGAGAGCGGGCGGAGAUGGAAGCCGCUAUGGUAGGGCCAGAGGUAGGGGUUCAACCGGGAGGUUACGGUGUGGUCCCCGGAGGUGUUGCUGGGGCAAAGCCUGGGAAGAAAACUCGUGGGCGAGUGAAGAUUAAAAUGGAGUUCAUCGACAACAAAUUGAGAAGAUACACAACUUUCAGCAAGCGGAAGACUGGAAUCAUGAAAAAGGCCUACGAGCUGUCCACUCUGACGGGCACGCAGGUGCUUCUGCUGGUGGCCAGCGAGACGGGGCACGUGUACACGUUCGCCACGCGCAAGCUGCAGCCCAUGAUCACCAGCGAGACGGGCAAAGCCCUGAUCCAGACGUGCCUGAACUCGCCCGACUCGCCGCCCCGUUCGGACCCCUCCACCGACCAGCGCAUGAGCGCCACGGGGUUUGAGGAGACCGACCUCACCUACCAGGUGUCGGAGUCGGAGAGCCUCGGCGAAACCAAGGACACUCUUAAGCCGGCCUUCACCGUGGCCAGUCUCCCUGGCAACACGAGCACGUCGACCACCACCUCCACCAGCAUGCAGGCCAGCAGCAGCUCCUCCUUCCCCAUCACCAACUACCUGGCGCCCGUCUCCUCCGGCAACGGCGGUGGGGGGGCGGCCAACGGCACGCUGCUGAAGACGGCCGGCGCCCCCGGGGGGGUCAUGCAGCUGCCCAGCGGCUUCACCUUCAUGUCAGCAGCAGGCACUCCGUUCCCCCCCGGCACGCCUGCCAUUCCCCUGAGCUCGCUGCAGCAGCACUCCCUGGCCAUCCAGGGCCAGCAGGGGCCAGCCAUCGGCGCCACGGCCGCCCAGUCGCAGACGCAACAGGGCCAGCAGGCCGUCUUCAGGCUGCCCGCCGCCGUCUCCCUCGCAGGUGGAGCCAUGUCUCAGCAGCUUCAGGCCAUACAGGUGCACCCCACCACCCAAUCCAGCUCCAUCAGCUGUGGAGACAACAGCCCUGAGAUCUCCCAGGCAACCACCACGGCCACGGUCAGCCUCCCGGCGACCAUUGUGACGUCAUCGGUGCCCACCUCCAUGGCAGGUCACAUGAUGUACCCCAGCCCCCACACGGUCAUGUACGCCUCCGCGCCCACGCUGGCGGACGGGGGGCUGGCGGUCCUCAACGCCUUCUCCCAGGGGCCCUCCGCCAUGCAGGUGUCCCACAGCCAAGCCCAGGACUCAGGUGCUGUCCCUCAGGUGUUCCUCACGGCGCCCCCGGGCACGGUGCAGAUCCCCGUCUCCGCGGUGCAGCUACACCCAGUACGGCAAGAUCUCCACUUUACAAAUGGUAAUUGGACAGCAGUCCAGCGGCAGCAGCAAUAAUCUGACCGAGCUGCAAGUUGUCAACCUGGACGCCCAACAGAACACCAAGGGGGACUGACCCGUCGGGUCGGCCAGCACUGAGCAGAGGAAGGGCUCACCAGGGACUCUCGCCACUAUUUAUUGAUGCCUUUUCACCUUUCAGAAAAUUUUUCAUUCUUCAUUUGUUAUACCACCUUUUUGGUUUUUGUUUUAUGUUUUCUGUUGUACAGGAUGUACUGUAAAUGUGUGUGCACACUGGAGUGUUGGGGUGCAUGAGCGUUGAUGAAGUAGGAACUGAAUAGGACUCUCUCCAUUUAAAAGGGCAUUAUUCAAUUCCGGCUCUAUGUCUUGAUCAAUUUAAUGUGCUGUAAUGGAAUUGAAAUGGACUGCCCUUCCCUCCCCCCCCCCCCCUCCCCCCCUACAAAAAAACACUAACAGCGUGUGGAUAACAGUGCCCCUCCAAUGGUGUGAGGGUGCCUGUGUGUCUGCGAAUGAGAGCUCCCAUGUAUGUGCAUACAUAUGUGUGGAUGUGCAAUUGUAAAUAUGGCAUAGGACUUAUCACUACAUCAGGUUGAAUUCUCCUUUGGGUUGAUCAAAUCCAUGAAUGGGUGUUCAGCUGUGUGAGUGAAUGUAUGGUUUUUUUUGUUUGUUUUUUUUAAAUAUAAACAGUGUUUGUGACUUAUACACACACUGCAGACACUGCUGCCUCUCACCUCAGCCAAAGAGUAAUCUUUCUAUCAGUAUUUGUACUUGGUGUGUGCGCGUGUAUGUGUGCACGUGUGUGCACGUGAGUGUGUGCGUGCGUGUGUGUAUGUGUUGGCAGGAGGGCUUGUGUAUGUGUUUGGGUAUAUGUCUGCCUGUUUUGUGUGCAGGAAAUCGGGUUUUCAUUGGGUUGGGAUUUGAGAAUAUAAAAUCUAAAAAAUGUUUUGACAAAUGUACAUAAUUUCUUUUUUAAUUGAAAAUGUAUUUUAGCCUAUUUGUGCAAUGGCAUGUAGAGUUUUGUUUUGUUUUGUUUUGUUUUGUUUUUUAAAAUUGUGUUUUGUAUACAUAUGUGACCCAUCUGCAUUCAUAAGUUCAUGAACAAUUACAUAAAUCAAUGUAAUAUAAAAUAUAUUAUGUCGAUUUAUGUAAGUUCAAGGGUAAUUGAUGAAGGCCACAUAGUUUCACUCAGAUCUGCCAGUUUCACUUCUAAGUUGUUGCUCCAACAUUGUGCCAAACAACUGCAUCACUCUAACCAGUCACAAAACAAGGGCAGACAGGCCAAUCACUACCCAUUCAUCAGUCUAUGAUUCCACCUUUCGUUUUGCUUGCUUGACCACGUCAUUCUGCUUGUUUCUCAUCCUUGUCAGUAUGCCAUUCUUGCUGGACUCUGCAGAUCGCAUUCUGUCCUCGUCGGCCCACGUAGUUCUAUCCGCAUAUCCACUCUCAAGUGUGUCCAGUCAUCUUUGGUGCCUUUUAAGAGCAAACUGUUAACUUUGACAAAAAAAGCUCUCUUACCCUGCAUAAAGUGCAGUGAAUUGUGACCACUGAAGAUGUCAUACAUUGCUUUAAGUGGGUAACCCACUUAAUGUUGAAUUCUAAAUGGAUGCAAUAGUCCAUUAUCAUUGCUAUGAACAAGCUCCAGCUGUUUUCUAUCUCGCUCACUUUUGCUUUCUUCUGUAGCCUCUGGACUAGAUAUUUUUGCUUGUUUAGUCAGGACUCACGCAGGACAGGUUACAUUCAGAUGUUUGCGUCUAUAGAGUACAAACUUGGCCUUGGUCAUCAGGAGUCUGGUCACAUUUCAGUUUCAGGUCUUUGAUUGCCUUGUUCUGCUUUUGAUGAUUCAUAGCCACCUUAGAACCGCAGCUACUUUUUUUUAGAUGUUAGAUCCUGGUUCUGUCUGUGUCAAGACACACAUUCAAACAGGAGCAGUAUAGGCACUGGAGUGGCGAUACCUGCUGGGUAUUUCUUCAUAUUUUUUAUACCUUUUGUUGUUCAGUGACACACUAUACACAGGUGUAAAUUUUUGGCUUUCAUUUGAAAAUUGUGUCGGUGUGGAUCAUUGCCAUGCUAACAGGUGAUACUGUCAGAAUUUUUUUUUUCAAACUAUUAGAACUGGUGUGGCAUUGGAACACCAGUCUCUGCCCUUAAUGUUCUCACAGAGCAGUGCUGAACAGAAACAUAUCUGCUCCCUUUCAAUGCAAAGGGUUAGGAGGGGGAUGCCAAGGUUAAUAUUCUCAGAUGGAAUACUGUGCAAAAUCGUACGAAACCCAUAGCCAUUGCCUUUCCCUGAAUCCUUUCCUGACUUGGGUUGGCCCCCUAACAAGGUCUCUAAGUGGAUCUACAAACUUGUCACUAAGAUGUGACCAUCAAGGCUUUUGAAUGUAAUCAUAAUUUCGACUAAGUGUUCCUCAGACCUCACUAAUGUUUAGUUAAUUGAUGUCAUAACCAGCUAAUAACUGUUUUGUCUUGGGAAAAAAUAAGAUAUCCCUUAGAUUUGGAUUUCAUUGCUUUUUUUUUUUUUUAAAUGUAGCUUUAUUAUUAUUAUUAUUAUUAUUUAAUACUUAAUGAGUGAGUGAGAGGAACAAUGCACACUGACUCUUCAUAACGGUGUGGAUUUUGUUUGUUAAAAUUGUUUUGGGGAUGUUUAUGUAUCACAGUAAAGUACAGAACAUUUUGUAAUAAAA